AUGUUCAACGAAAGAGAUAGAAGUUGUAUUUUGAACAUCCCUCUUAGUCUUUCAUCGUGUUCUGAUACAUGGUGCUGGAAAUUCGAGCCCAAAGGUCACUAUUCGGUUAAGAGUGCAUAUAGGUUCCUGGUUGAUGGCUUUCGACAUAGGGAAGGGAGUGAGAUAUGGAAAAGGUUCUGGAAAGCUAAAGUUCCCCCAAAAGUGCUCAAUUUCUGCUGGCGGGCUCUAGUUAAUGUUGUCCCUUGCCUCUCGUCACUUCAGUCCAAGAGAGUCCCAGUUGAUCCUUCAUGCCCGCUGUGUCAUGUAGCCCCUGAGAAUGUCUUGCAUAUUAUGAUUCAGUGCCCUUUUGCCCGCAGCUGCUGGUUAAGCUCGCCGUUGGGUUGGCCUACGCCUUUUGCAUCUUCUUUAAAUGAGUGGUUUUCUUUAGCCUUCUCUUCUGCUUCUGUGGAAAAUGCCUCCCUUAUGCUAAUGAGCUUAUGGGCUUUGUGGCAAAAUAGGAACAAUGUUGUAUGGAAGGGCCAGGGUCAGACUGCGAGUGGUGUGUUCUUCAUGGCUCUGAAUUUUUUGCAGCAAUGGAAAGCAGCCCGGGUCGUGUCCUCAGUAAGCACCAUUGUCGACCCGGCUCGCCCGAUCUGGUCUCCUCCGCCGCACGGUUGGAUCAAGGCGAAUAUUGACGCCUCUUUAAACUUGCAACGAGGUUCGGUAGGUUUUGGUUGUGUAAUCCGGAAGGAUGAUGAGAGUUUUGUGGCUGCUAGAGCAGGCUCUUUUUAUAGCCAGAUGGAUGCAAAGUGUGCUAAAGCUAUAGCAUUCCGGGAAGCAUUGAGCUGGAUUAAAGAGUGUCAAGGAGUUUGGAUUGAUAUAUCUCCUCCUCACAUUGUUUCUUUAUUCUCUUUGAAUUAA